UUCUUCUUUAAUCAGAUCACAAACAUAGCUGAAGGAGGCCGGUUUAGGCGAUACAAGUAUACAACCCGGAUCCAAAUAACCAAUUCACAUCUGCAACUGAUUCGAAAGGAUUAACAAGGUGGUAGACAUUAUGCCUGGUCAAAAGAUUGAAAUAAGUCACGAAGGUAUCAUCCAUGAUGUCAGCAUGGAUUACUAUGGAAAGCGUGUGGCAUCUGCCUCCUCUGAUGCCACUGUUAAGAUAAGCAGUGUAGGCUCACAACACCUUGCCACUUUGACUGGUCAUAAUGGGCCUGUUUGGCAGGCUGCUUGGGCCCAUCCUAAGUUCGGGUCACUUCUUGCAUCGUGUUCAUACGAUGGCACUGUGAUUAUUUGGAAAGAAGGGAAUUCAAACAAUUGGACACCGGUUCAUACCUUCAAUGACCAUAAGUCAUCGGUAAACUCAAUUGCAUGGGCACCUCACGAGCUUGGUCUUGUCUUGGCUUGUGGGUCUUCUGACGGGAAUAUCUCGGUUCACACUGCCAGGUCAGAUGGUGGGUGGGACACCACAAAGAUAUACCAAGCUCACCCUGUAGGAGUCACCUCGAUUACAUGGGCCCCUUCAAUGGAGCCAGGCUCGUUAAUCGGUUCUGGUGAGUUUGACCCGGUUCAGAAACUGGCUUCUGGUGGUAAUGAUAACACUGUGAAAAUUUGGAAGUUCUCUAAUGGAGAAUGGAAAUUAGACUGCGCUUCAGCCCUUAAAAUGCACACUGAUAUGGUGCGGGAUGUGGCUUGGGCUCCAAGUCUGGGCCUUCCAAAGUCCACGAUUGCAAGUGGGUCACAGGAUGGUACAGUUGUGAUAUGGACUCUGGGAAAAGAAGGCGGCGAAUGGAAGGGUAAGGUGUUAAAUGACUACAAGGCCCCUGUUUGGAGGGUCUCUUGGUCUCUUACUGGAAACUUGUUGGCUGUCGCUUCUGGGGACAAUAAUGUCACUUUAUGGAAAGAAGCUGCUGAUGGAGAAUGGCAAGAAGUGACCACUCCCACCGAAUAAUUUUAUUUUUAUGUUUUCCUUUCCAGGACAUACAUAAUUUUGAGUCUUUUCGUUUGUUAACUUUUAUGACUGGUGCUGUUUUGAAUUUGCAAAAUGAUUUAUGUGAUUACUUUUUUUAUUCAA